ACGUCAAGUACGGACGUGCGGCAGAUAUUUCCGGAAUUUCUGUUGGAUUGUGGUGCGGCCGUGGAGGUAUUAUUUUAAAAUCCAGAUUACAAAAACCAAACAGACAAUAUAAAUACGAAUUAUCUUCGUCUAAGGGAGAGGAAAGCGUGAUAAAAGUACAAAGCCCGGCGAGUUGAUCGAAACACUGCUGUUCGUUUUCAGCAUCAGUAUUGGACAAAAUAAGAAUAUUCUUCCACUAACAAACUCUCAGUAAAGAUGGUGGAUUAUUAUCAGAUUUUGGGAGUGUCAAAAAAUUCUUCUCAAGACGAUAUUAAAAAGGCGUACAGAAAACUUGCACUUAAAUGGCAUCCAGAUAAGAAUCCAGAAAACAAAGAUGAAGCAGAGAGAAAAUUCAAGGAACUUUCUGAAGCCUAUGAAGUUCUUUCAGAUUCCAGUAAACGUGACAUAUAUGAUCGUUAUGGCAAAGAAGGGUUGACUGGUGGAGGAGGAGGAGGAGGUGGAGGUGGGCAGUUUCAUGAUGGGUAUGACUUUGGAUUUACAUUCCGUAAUCCAGAAGAUGUGUUCAGGGAAUUUUUUGGAGGUCGCGAUCCUUUUGCAGAUUUUUUUGACAAUCCUUUUGAUGAUUUCUUUGGAAGCCGAAAUCGCCAGCGUGGAGUUAGCAGAAAUCGAACUGGGGGCGCCUUCUUUCAUGGGUUUGGUGGUUUUCCAGGAUUUGACACAGGCUUUUCUUCAUUUGGGCAAAUGGGUGGCGGUGGCUUCACUUCAUUUUCAUCCACAUCAUUUGGUGGCAGCAGUGGUGGUAUGGGCAACUUCCGUUCUGUUUCAACAUCUACGAAAAUUGUAAAUGGAAGAAAAAUCACAACAAAAAGAACUGUAGAAAAUGGCCAAGAGAGGGUAGAGGUUGAGGAAGAUGGGCAGCUAAAGUCUCUAACUAUAAAUGGGGUUGCAGAUGAGGUAGCCCUAGCUGAUGAACGGAGGCGCCGGGGUCAGAACGCUUUGCCCCACUCGUCACAUUCCCGGUACCUGAGAACUGCUAAUGAAAACUUGAGUGACGAUGAGGAUGAGCGUGUUCGCCCUGCAUCAGGUUCUGGCAGAAGCAUGCAUGGAUACGUCGAUGGCAAAAGAAAAAAACCACGCCAAAAAGAUGAGACAAAGAAGAAAAAAGCACCAAGACCAACUCCUCGGUCAGGAACACCUUGUUAACAACGUUUAACUGUACAGUUAAGAAAUUAAAUGAGGAGUAGCCUUACGCAUUUGCAUCGCAGUGAUUCUGAUUAUGUUUGCCUGCUUUUUGCAUUUCACACUGCAUGUAGUCCGUGUAUUUAUUAAGGUUGAGAUCAACUACAGUCUUACACGGUUUUUAUUUUUUGGGCACUAUAUCCUUGAAAAUAUGCAGAUUUGUUUUACUUUUUCAUUUUUUUGUGAUUGUUGGUUUACUGGAGAAUAAAAAAAGUGUUUGACACUUCAAUAAUGUCUGACACUCAUGUAAAUGGUAAGAUUGAUGAUUGGCUAUCUAAAUAAAGGCAAACAAAUGUGACUAAGUAUAAUGAAUAUUGAAAUAUGUUGUUUACAUGUAACUGUACUCCAUAUAUCCAGUUUUAAAUUUGAAUCAUACAACGUAUACACAAUGUUCAUUUUUACUUCCAUAUUUACACAACAGCCAUACUAAUAGUAGUCUUACCCUUAUGGAUUUUAGCAAAUGUGGAUGGAUUGAUUCACUUAUUUAACACAUUUUUCAAUGACAAUUGCAUAUUUAUAAAGUUAUUAUAAAGUGGGUAUAAUGUAAAAUAAAAAAUAAUCCCCUAUAGACUUAAUGUUUGUGUUAAGACAGAAUAGAAAUUAUAAAUUAUAAACCCAUCAAUAGUAUGGCUAUUUUUUAAUCCCUGAAAUUGAACAGGUUUCCAUUUUUAAAAACUGUUCAGCGUAACAUUCAGCACACAAAAAGGUGUGUAAAACAUGGGCGAUUAAUAAAUUCUUUAUUAUAGACGCUUGCAAACAAAUGUGAGACUGUGAUGUUAGAAUAAAAAUGGAAGAAAUUACAACCCUAAAGACUUUAGUUGGCCUUUUCUUGUAGUGAUGCGAUGCUAAGCUCUAGCUUGUCUCUUGACUCCAGCCAUUUUCUUUUUAAUACUUUUAUUCUAAACAAAAGCAAUAAUGUGCACGGAAGCUGAAAGGGAAUGUGCAACAUUAUUAUUUCUUUUUUAUUGUUUCAUUCAAGCUAAUGUAAAAAUUUUGCAGAGGAAGUGCAAUUUCAUUUGUUUUUUGUUUUUAUUGUUUUCUUGAGAUAACAGAAGCUUACCGUUUAUUCUAUUGGGUACCGUAGGAUGACCAGAAUGCGGGUCACUAAAGAUCUUGUGUCUGAAGUAUAAUCAUGUUUGGGUGUUCUGCAAAGGGGGCACAGGACACUCAAAAGAAGAAGACCAAAUUAUAUCUGGCACAUGAACAGCUAUAAGAAACUCACUAUGGGAGAGGGCUGUGGGUUUGCCUAAAAAAUAAUCUCUAAUCUCGGAAUUAAAAUCUACUUUAGCCAUUACAGUUUGACACAAAGCAGGCAUGCAACAAAUCAUCCAACAUGAUUGCACUGCUAGCAGAAACGCAGGAUGCAAAUAGGUUUACAUUUGUGAAUGUAUCACAUGGGUUUUCAUCAGUUGCAAUUUUUGUUGUUAUCAGUUAUUGUCAUGUGUUAGCAAGCUCAACAGAAGCAAAGGUUACGUUUUGUUUUAUGGAGCCCUCAAGAAAAUUGUUAAAUUAUCUUGAGAAAACAAUAAAAAAAAAUAAAGAUAAUGCAUGUCAUCUCUCAGCUUCCGUAAAUGUGUGCCAUGGUCAGAAAUCUUUACAUUGCUACCAUGCAUUUAGGGUUUCAUGUUUUCUAUUUCUUACAUUUAGAUUUCCUUUUCUUGUAUGGUUUCCACAAUGAAAACAGAUGUCAGUAAAGACAAUGUCACAUUACGCAAUUUCUAGAUGUGGGGUAUGUUAAACUCGCUGACUACAAACUGAUGAUCUCUUUGGUCUGUUGUCAGUUGAAAUGAUUGAAAAUUGCUGGCUAUGUCAUAUUUAUGGACUGCAUGCCAACCCACCCGUGCCAUCAUACUUGCCCUUUUUAGUGACAGUGAAUAACGUGCCGCCUGUCAGAGUAGGCGUUGUAACUGGGGUUAACAGCUAUAGCGAGUCUCAGCCCUUUUAUUUCUUUUUUUGUUCUAUCAUGGUACAUAAAAAUGGAGACAUCAGACAAAUAAGUCUUUCUUUUGUUUGUGAGGUUCAAAACACCCAUUUACUUUAUGAAUUGUUUUAAACAUUCAAGCAAAGAGCUCACUCCUAUGACUAAAGACAAAAUGUUUGAUUUUUGUCAGAGCGAGUCACAGACUAGUAGGUGUGUUGCUGGGAAUGUCACAUUAUGUGGCUGACUUUACAGGAACGCACAACCAACUGCUGCUGACUUGUUAAGGUUAGGUAAGUGAAAGCUACAACUGAAAGUUACUUUUAAAGUAGUAUUCAAAAAUGUAUCCUAGCCUAAAGAAUUACAAAAAGUAAGCAACAAAAAAAAAAAA